AUGCCUUCCAUCAUAGAAACUCCACGCACAUUUCGCAUCCUAAUGCUGCAUGCCCGCCUCCUAACCGAGCAAAUAACUUCCUCACUGCUUCCAACCAUUCUCCCCUCUUACCCCGACGGCAUCGAAUUUAUCUUCCCCGACGCCCCUUUCGUCUUCGGCAGCGAGACAACCGAGCCGUCCGAUCUCGAAAGCAGAGCCUGGUGGCUCAAUCUCGACGACGUAAGCCGAUAUGUCGGGCUCGAGGGGACACUGGUCCGGCUAUCUGAGUCCUUGGAUAGACGGCCUAUCCAUGCAGCCGUUGGAUUCUCGCAAGGCGGUGCACUGGCCGCCAUGGUGACGGGGUUAUGUGAUGCGUCGACGAACCCGAGACGACGAAGUGCACUGGCUGCGCAGGGCCUGCCGGUUGACGCGUUUCUGCAGAAUUUACCGGGCCAGGAACCGCUGAAGUUUGUGGUUUGUAUCUCGGGCUUUCGAGGGACGAUGAAGUACUACAGCGGCUUCUAUGAGUCGAGCUUGUCGACGCCCUCGCUGCAUGUGAUUGCCGAGCUGGAUACAAUGAUUGCCGAUAUUAAGAGUAGGGAGCUGGUCUCUGUCUUUGUGAGCCCGCAGGUUAUGUACCAUGGCGGCGGUCAUUAUAUCCCGCGCGAUAGGGCGCUGUUGAGGAGAGUCGGGGAGUUCGUUCAACAGGCUUACUCUGAGGAGACAAGGAAAGGUUGUCCAGAAGCCGUGUGUCAACCCGUCCUGACAAAGGCCAAACAGGCGCCCGUUGGUCAGGCGUCAAAGCAGCAGUUUAUGCGGAGGAGGGUCACCAGUAUCUGCACGUUUGCGGUGCGGCCUGGAUUUUGA